UGCCAUUUUCAAUCGCGUUUAAUGCCUUUAAUAUACAUAUAUAUUUCAUUAUAUUAUUUUAUAUCCUUUUUCUAUUUUUCCUCUUGAUUUUUUUUUCUUAAUUUCUUUUUCAUUUCAUUUCUUACAUACAUACAUAAAAUCACGCCUCUUUCCCGGAGGGGUAGGCAGAGACUACCUCUUUAUUAGAAUUAGUUUUAGAAUUUCUUUAUUGUGAACAAUGUACUCUAAAGGAAGGGAAAGAUAAAAACCCAUUAUUAGCACUCAAUGUCCUAUUAUGGGCAGUGUAAUAAUAACGCAAAACCAAAUGUAUUGAUUUUAUUCUAGUUAAAACACAACUAUGACAGUUACAACAACAAAGACAAGAUUAGGUUCUUUGGACUCGGCUGCCCGUCCUUCAUUUGACACGUCAGGUCCCACAGUGUCAUAUAUAGUUCCCUGGGCAUCUGGCUCUAUAUCAGCACUUUCUUCACUCUCCUGAUUAAGUUGCGGCAAAGGAGCUAAAUGUUUAAAUGUUUAUUAGAAACUACUGUUUCGCGACCAUCAGGAAGCUUGACAUAUGAAUACAUGGGAUUAGGUUGUAAUAAUUCCACUUCAUCAACUAAUGGGUCAUAUUUAGAAUUUCUUACGUGUCGUUUAAGUAGUAUAGGUCCUGGAGUAAUAUGGCAUAGACUGUCCAUUUAGUGAUCGUCUAGGACGAUGAAACAUACGUUCAUGAGGGUUUGCAUUGGUACAUAAAUUGUAAUAAUAACGCAAAACCAAAUGUAUUGGUUUUAUUCUAGUUAAAACACAACUAUGACAGUAAAAAUAAAGACAAGAUUAUUUUUGAAAUAUCAUAGAUAACAUGUCAGGCAGUACUGCCAAUAAUAUCAGCUUUCAGUAUGUAUUGGCACUGUGGGCCAACAUUUGGAAAUUGCUAUUUUGCUAUUAAAGAAAUAAAAGUUAAAUAGGAUAUCAAUAUUUUAUUUUAAACCUUUACAAAUAAAUCAUAAACUCGCUUGUAAAUAAUAUUGCCAAAAUUCCUAUUAUACUAGAUACUAUUCUAUUCUAAAGCCCACCCCUAUGCCUUGCAAGUUUUCUUUCUUUUCUAUAUUACGGCUUCCGCCUUGCAAGUUAAGGAAUGGCAGGAUUUGCUGAACUGUCAAUGUCAAUUAGUACACCAGGCGUCAAAAGAUAAAUAAAAACAAAGGAAACAAAACUGUGACAAAACUCGAGUUAAAUUAUGUAUGUACUGUUGUGUAUAUUAAUUUAAUAAUUUAAAAAAAUACGUACAUACAUAAUACCUACAUUAUUUAAUUCGUCUUGCUGCUGUUAAAAUGAAAUUCAACAUGUGUAGGUGCUGCUUAAUCAAUUCUUGUUACAAGGGUCUUUUUAAUGAGUAUUAUUUCGCCGGACACAUAGAAAUAUAUUCGCAAAUGUUAUUAGAGACCUUCAAUAUAACGUUACAUGACAAUUCACACAAGAUGCUCAUCUGUGAAGAUUGUAUCUUGAAGCUGAGAGCGGCAACCACUUUCAAAAAACAAGUUCUUGAUGCCGAGGAAAAGCUGCGGUUGUCACUCAUUAAUAUUGAAGACUCCCAAGAACCGGUCGUUGCGAAAGAGGAAAUUGCCUUUGAUUGCAAUUUUGAUGAUCAGUCGGCAACAGGUGAUGAUGCGGAAUGUGAACAUCAUCACAUUGACGAGGCUGAUGAUUUUGAUGACAGCAUCAAUUGGGACAAGCAGAAUGGAGAAAUUUUCGUGAUAAAGGUGGAGCCAGAAGACUCUGAAAAUGUUAAAAAAGAAAAGCAGUCUACGAAAAAAGAGAAUGUAAUGAAAAAAAAUAAACACACGCCUUCAUUAAAUAAAAAAUCUUUAAAAUGUCAUGUAAAAGAAAAUUCCCUCAAGCUUAUUCUGAAUUCCAAUAUGUGCCUGUUCGAUUCACUGAGAACCAAAUUUAAAUGCUUUUGUUGUCAAGACGCGUUCAUAAACAUCACGGAACUGCGGGAACAUUCAAAGACACACUCAAAUUUAAAACGCAUUAAAUCGAGAUUGAACGCUCUUCGCGGUGCGUCGUUCAGGAACGUAGACAUUUCGAAUUUAGAAUGUAAACUAUGUUCGGAUAAAUGUACAAAUUUGGACGAUUUAAAAAAUCAUUUGGCUAUUCACGAUGUAAAAUUCCACGACACGGGGCACUUUUUAAUACCUUACAAACUCGAGAAAGAGUUUAGAUGUGUUGAUUGCGGUCAAGAAUUUAACACAUUUACGCGUUUAAAUAUUCAUAUGAACACUCAUUACAGAUUUAAUGUGUGCGAAAUUUGCGGGGCGUCGUUCAUAAGUACGUUAAGUUUGAGAAAUCACUUGAAGGCGAUACACAAGGAGCAAAAAUGCACGUUUUGUCCAGAGAAAUUUUCUACUUUACACGCUAAAAUGAAACAUAUGAGGAAAGCUCAUAAGACUUCGGAAUCCAAAAGAUAUUGCCGUUUGUGUGAUAAAACGUUUCGUUACACGUAUUUGUUGUUCGAUCAUAAUGUCAAAGAGCACGGAGCGAAACGGCAGAUCAGUGAAUGUACCAUAUGCGGGAAAACGUUUCUUUCACCGCAGAAUUUAAGAGUUCAUACACGUAAUGUGCAUGUAAGAGAGAGGAACUACCAGUGUAGCAUUUGUGAACUACGUUUCUUUACGAAAUUCGAUCAGAAACGACAUGAAAAGACGCAUGAAGAUGUCAAGUCGUUUUCGUGCAGUUAUUGUGAGGGUAAAUUUAAGUCUAAAGAUUCAUUGCGACGCCAUCUUUGGCGGCAACAUGUAGUUCCGUUGGAACGCAAGAAAUAAAUAAAUAGAUCAUUUUUA